GUAUCAAUCUGAGUGUUGGAAAAUCGCACUCUGGUCUUCUUGUUGGGACAACUCGGCACAGAAGACAUGAUGUGAUUAUCUUGGGCGGUUCUUGUUUGGUGAAUCAUGGCACUAAGACAGUAACGAUGAUUUGGGACUGUUCAUCAGGGUCUCCGCUAUCCAACGUAUUGAGAUUUCUGCAGCUCCACCAGCGGGAACGGUUGUGUUUUCCCAGCCGUGUGUGCAUGCGAGGUCUACUACACGUGCAUGUCUGAUGUUGACAUUAUCUCCUCUGGGACUCACCUGGAAUCUCACAUCAGAUCAGAUAACGUUCAGCCCAGCAGGUCUGCUCCAGGGUCAGUCGUUUCCCACUGCAGUGCUACAGCAAAACACUUGGGUCUCUUGUAGUUUUAAGGCAGGGACAAGAUACAUAAGGUAUAUGAAGUGCUUCUUGAGUGAACACACCACACGGGUGCAAAAUCUCUUCGGCCUUAGUAGCUUGAUUGUAUUUUUUUCAGUCUGCUUGAUAUAGUUGGACUCUGUGGCAGAAUGUAGCUGUGUAUAAAGUGCUUGAGGCUGCCUUCAUUUGUAUGGAGACAAAUAAAGCAAAUUGGAGCAUGGGAACACUGACAUGAUACUUUGGAAGGUGUGUCUCACAGACGCAGUGUUAUGAAUAAAGUUCUGAUAUGCACACAUGAUCAAUUCUUUAGCUAACCCGCUGAGAGAGAUAAAGUUGCCUAAAAAGUAGCUAACGUAAUAUAAUAUCAUAUGCUGAGCCAGUGCAUUAAUACAGACUUAAGGGAAAUGAAUGAGUUUAUGGUUAUUUAUACUCUUCUGACAAAGUUUGUGCCCUCAACAAAAAGUCAGCAAAUCAUUUGGCAAAAAUCUUUGGCUGUGAGAUUUCUUGUUCUGUCCUUGCAUCGCAGGUUCAAGGUAUUAUUUGCAACCACUCUUGAUUUUGCCCGCAUUCUUCAGUAUUUCCACGUACGCCACUGACGUUAGUGCUGACGUGCUGACGAAUAUUCACGAGAUUGAGAUCCGGCAGAGAGACUCUCUGGAGAGCAACGCCUCUUCUCCAAACCCCUACUCCCUCAUAGGGGCUAUGGGUGAAGAGGAGCAGCCCAGCCCGGAGGCUGGCAGUCCGGAUGUGGAAAAGGAACAUCUGCAGGUCCCGUUCCCGGUGCUGCACGGCGAGUGUGUGGAGUAUGUGGAAAACACAGAUGAGGUCGUCAUCGCCUUGUCUAGCUACCGCCUUCACAUCAGAUUCAAAGACAACAUUGUAAACGUCCCCCUGCAGCUGAUCGAGAGUGUGGAGUGUCGAGAUUUGACUCAGCUUCACCUCACCUGUAAGGACUGCAAGAUUGUCAGGUGUGAGUUCAGCUCGUCAGAGCAGGCUCAGGACUGGCUGCGGCGUCUCACUUCAGCUCUACACCCUCCCACUCGCCUCGACGAGCUCUUCGCCUUCGCCUUCCACACCUGCAGCGCCAGCGUACCAGCUGAGCGAGACCUGCAUGAUGAGAUUUGCCACGCUGGUACAGGAGAACACGUGAGGAACCGAUUUAAGUACGAAGUGUUCAGGAUGGGCUUCGACACCCACAGUGCCUGGAGAAUCUCUGACAUUAACAACAAUUACAGACUCUGUGCCAGUUACCCUGAGAAGGUUUUGGUGCCGAGCUGGGUCACAGACACAGAGCUAGAGAACGUGGCGGCAUUCCGAUCCUGGAAGAGAAUUCCAGCUGUUGUUUAUAGACAUCAGAGCACGGGCGCUGUGAUUGGUCGGUGUGGGCAACCUGAGGUGAGCUGGUGGGGUUGGCGGAAUGCAGAUGAUGAGAACUUGGUGCAGUCCAUCGCUAAGGCCUGUGGCAUGGACCGUGCAGCUGUUAAACAUCUGAGCAACGGCUCCUGUGUCCACAACAGUUCAGAUCCUGACAUAACCAAUGGCAAUGAGGAAGAGGAGCCAACUACCCCACCUCCUCAAAAGCUACUGAUAUUGGAUGCCAGGUCAUACGCUGCUGCCGUGGCCAAUCGGGCCAAAGGAGGUGGCUGCGAAUGCCCAGAGUACUAUCCAAACUGUGAGGUGAUGUUCAUGGGUAUGGCCAACAUCCACUCCAUCAGGAGGAGCUUCCAGUGCCUAAGGGCUCUCUGUGCACAAGUGCCAGAUCCUGCCAAUUGGCUGUCUGCUCUAGAAGGCACUAAAUGGCUGCAGCAUCUUUCUCUGCUGCUGAAGGCGUCUCUGUUAGUAGUGAACGCUGUGGAUCGGGACAGCAGGCCCGUCCUGGUGCACUGUUCUGAUGGCUGGGACCGCACGCCGCAGAUAGUGGCUCUGUCCAAACUGCUGCUUGACCCCUACUACAGAACUGUGGAGGGUUUCCAAGUUUUGGUGGAAACUGAGUGGCUGGAUUUCGGACAUAAGUUUGCGGACCGCUGUGGACAUGGGGAAAAUGCCGAGGACGUGAACGAACGCUGUCCCGUCUUCCUGCAGUGGCUGGACUGCGUACACCAGCUGCAGAGGCAGUUUCCCUGCUCUUUUCAGUUCAACGAGGCCUUUCUGGUGAAGCUGGUGCAGCACACCUACUCGUGUCUGUUCGGGACAUUCCUGUGCAACAGCGGGAAAGAGCGAGAGGAGCGAGGUGUACUAGAGAACACCUGCUCCGUCUGGUCUCUGCUUCAGCCGUCUAACAGAACCUUCCACAACAUCCUGUACUCGCCGCACUCGGAGACGGUGCUACACCCGGUUUGCCAUGUGAGGAACCUAAUGCUGUGGAGUGCAGUCUACCUUCCUAAUUCUGCCCCCUCCUUGCUUUGUGAGGAGUCCUGUGCUUCUUAUUCCACUGCUUCAGCCUCACCUGAGGACACGCCUCCUGGCAGACUUCCAAAGACUCGUUCCUAUGACCACCUGCUGACGGCUUGCGAGGGAACAAAUCUGUUGGCUUCGAACCGUCGCUGCAGCGAUCCCAACCUCAACGAGACGUGGCAGGAGCACCUUCGAUCAGAGGAGCGAACGGCAGAAACACAACCAGAGGAGAACCUUGAGCAAGCAGCUUGUUGUAAUACCCAUCAACCUGAAACGACUGGAUCGGAUGAGAGGCUUCCAAAUGAGGGAUUACUCAACGGGGUGGAGCAUGCGGACUCCAAAACAGAAAACGGGAUUAUUUUAGUGAACCAGGACGUGGAUUCCGACCCAGUUGUUAGCACAUGCUCUAUAGCGGAGCUGCCCAGCGAGGUCCCUGAACAGAACGGUGAGGAUUCAGUGUGUGACGAAGCGCUAAAACAUUCCUCGGGCCAAUCAGUCGCCUCUUCGUCGGCACCUCAUCCUGGACACGUCACUAACAGCCAGGAAUGUUUCUCUGCUAAAGAGUCUCUUUGUUUAGCUAAUGACCUGAAAUCUCACCCCACUUCACCACAAGAAGACUCUACAGAACCAUUAAACACACCCAGCUCACUCCACUCACCUUCGCAGCCUCUGUCUCCGAAGCCGAAUAUCGACAGCUCUGUGUGUAACAGUGAAGAUCCUCGCGUUAACGGCUCCGUUUCACAAAACUCCCUGAGCCGCCAGACGUCCACAGCGAGUGCCGGGUCCCUACAACUGGGCUGUCCUGGGCGAAUGCUGGCUCAGGGCGCUCACCUGGGCGAGGAUGGGCUCAGCGUGCACAGAGACGUUGUACAGGUGCGGCUCAGGCAGAUGGAAGCGGGCCAUCAGCUGCAGGUGGAGACACUGAAAAGGCAGGUGCAGGCACUAUGGAACAAGCUGCACGUCAGUGGAGAGCUGACUCCUGUACCAGACGGGGAGAAUAACGUGGAGGCUGUGCAUCUGUCUCGCUGCGGCACCGAACUCUUUUCCGAGAGCAGCUGGGAAAACGAGGAGCAGCAUGACAAACAGGUCCCUCAGUGGUAUCCCGAUCACCUUCCAACACACUGCUACAGAUGUGAGAGCAAGUUCUGGCUAGCUGCUCGAAAACAGCAGUGCAGGAAUUGUGGGAACGUGUUCUGCGCCAGCUGCUGUGACCACAAGGCAACGAGUCAGCAGUUGUAUGAACCUAACCGUGUGUGCCAGGCCUGUUACGGGCACCUUCGCCCAUCGGCUGUGCCCCCUGUGCUGCCUCCUGCUGACCUGGAGCUGGAGAAACCCAUUACAGCCAGUUCCAACUGAACAGAACCCUUUACAUGCUGAUCAACGACUCUAUUCUCCUGUAGGAAUCUUAACCAAAUCAGCUUCAUGUGAGAAGAUUAGAUUAGUAUAAACUUCCGACACCGAGCAGAACGGAGAUUUAAAUCCCAAAACUAAGGAAUCAAAUAAUUAACAUAAUUUAUUAAUAAUGUUAGAAGUGGUCGUCUCUCGCCAUGUGGAUUCUAGAUUAAUGUUACGCUGCGCAAACACAGGCCUUUAUAUAUGCAGUACUACAUCAUAUAAAGCCAUGUGGAUCUCUCGAGAACGACUAUCUGUGCUCAUGUGAAUAGCAAAUGUGUGUAUAUAAUGCCAUGUACAGUCAAAGAAGAGCACAGUGUAUAUGCUGAAAUUAAAAUCUUUCAAUCUGA